AGAACCAAAACAAGCCUAGCUUAGCCCUGCCCUAACAGCUCAACAACAAUUUCAACAUUCAAUCUAAUCAUUCAAUAUUUUAGAGGUUAUAGUUCCAAUUUUUUCAUGUAUUUUGUGCAUUUUCUGUAGAUUGUCUUCGUUCCACUAGAAAAAAAUAAAUUGCCAAGGCUUGUAGGAAGUUUUGGAUUAUGGAAUCUUCGUUGUACUUAGUGUUAUUAAUAUUUUCCUUGAUCUUAACAGGCCAUGCAAAAAAGUAUAAGGAUGAUGAAAAACCUGAGUGGGCAAAAAAGGAUAUAAGAGACUACACAGAUGCUGAUAUGGAAAGAUUACUUGAUCAGUGGGAGGAAGAUGAUGAACCUCUUGAAGAAGAUGAACUUCCUGAACAUUUGCGGCCAAUGCCUCAGCUUGAUUUAAAUAAUCUAGAUCCAGAUAAUCCUGAAGGUCUACUUCAAGCCACCAAAAAGGGAAGGACAUUAAUGACAUUCGUUGAGGUGUCUGGAAAUCCAACAAAAGAUGAAACUGAGACGUUAACUAAAUUAUGGCAGACUAGUUUAUGGAAUAGUCACAUACAAGCGGAAAGGUAUAUUGUGGAUGACAAUAGAGCAAUAUUUUUAUUCAAAGAUGGAUCUCAGGCAUGGACAGCAAAGGAAUAUUUAAUUGAACAAGAAAAAUGUAAGAGUGUAACAAUUGAAUCAAAAGUGUACCCUGGAAAAUACUCUGGUAAUUAUAAGGAAGAAUUGUAAUAUUUUUUCUUUUUGUUAUGUUUAUGUAAUAAAUAAUUUCGUAUUUUUGCAA